UGUGACCCUCCAAAAGGCUACUAAAUUCACGAGCUGUAUCGUCCUGGUAAAUAAGACCAAGAACUAGCUAAAGAAGAAUUAUCUAGGAUGCUUGUUUACUUUUUAAAAAAAUAAAAAUGAAACGUAAUAUCCACAGUUUUUAAUAAAUAAGACAUGAACUUAUCAGAAUAUCGAAUAUAUGAUGCUCCCAAUUCAAUUUUUUACAUUCCAAACUUUAUCUCGCAAUCAGAGGAAGAAUAUAUUUUAAAAUGUGUUUAUUCAGUGCCUAAGCCCAAAUGGACUUACCUUGUUAACAGAAGGCUACAGGAUUAUGGCGGUGUGCCCCACAGUAAAGGAAUGAUACCCGAACAUAUUCCCACCUGGUUACAAAAAUUCGUAGACAAAGUUUCAAGUACAAACAUCUUUGAGGGUUGUAAACCCAAUCAAAUACUUGUUAAUGAAUAUUUACCUGGUCAAGGAAUUAUGCCACACACAGAUGGACCACUAUUUCAUCCAAUUGUAACAACCAUUAGUUGUGGUUCACAUACAGUUCUUGAAUUUUUAGAAAACAGCGAAAAAAGAGAAAAAGUCUGCAGUGUACUUUUGGAGCCUUGUAGCUUAGUUGUGGUUAAAGAUAACAUGUAUACAAAAUACCUACAUUCCAUAAAAGAAGUUAAGUGUGAUAUUACAUCAGACUGUGUUAAUUUAAAUCAGUGUUCUAAAGAAUACCAAACAAACGAUCCCAUAGAGAGAAAAACAAGGGUUUCAUUAACAAUUCGAAAUGUACCAAAAGUUUUAAAAAUAAAGUUAUUUUGAUAUGGUUUAA